CAUCAAGACAACAUGCCUGUCACUCGAUUACAGAGACAGAAGAUGGCAGAUAAACACGAAGAGCCAGUGGAAAAAGUGGCUCUUCAGACAAAAGCUAAGAAACCGAUCUCUGCGAUCCAAGCAAAGAAGCUGAGAGCAGCCGAAAACACAAAAACAGCGGCUGAAAACACAAAAGCAGCAGAAGCAGCAGCAAAUAAAGAGACAACAGCAGAUGCAGUAAAAGCAACAGAAGCUGUAGAAAGAAAAGAAAAGAAGAUUAAAAAAGUAAUCUUUGCCGAUGAGAAAUCUGAUGAGGAGCCUGAAGAAAGUGCUUCCGAAGAAAGUGCUUCUGAAGAGAGUGCUUCCGAGGAGAGCGGGUCCGAGGAAUCUGAAGAUGAAGACCUUGAUGUUUUGUUAAACAAGGCCAAGGCAGUGUUAGAGGCACAAAAGGCACAAGAGGAGAAUGAAGAAAGUGAAGAAACUAGAAUCAGACGCUUGAACCUUUCAAAAUUAGAUGCUGGUGUAUCUGUUAAACAAUCUUUGUACAUCACACAAGAUAACAAACGUGCCUAUCUUGACAAAGCUUCCGUUUCCCUUGUAGACGCUUCAGAUACUGAUAAAGAUGAUAAGAAGAAGGAGGCUCUUGUUAUUUUAAAAGCAAAUAAGAGCGAAGAGGCCCAAUUGACAAAGAAGGAACGCCAGCUGUUGAGAGCAAAGUCCACAGGCAAGGGCUGGUUCGAUAUGGAGCGUCCUGAAAUUACAGAUGAGAUCAAACGCGAUUUACAAAUUAUUAAGAUGCGUCAUGUUUUGGAUCGCAAGCGACAUUACAAGAAGAUGGGCAAGAACUACAACCCAAAGUUCUUCCAAGUCGGUACUAUUAUUGAGAGUCCCACUGAAUUCUUCUCGUCUCGUAUCGCGAAGAAGGAUAGAAAGCAGACAUUAGUGGAUGAGCUUUUGGCAGAUGAACAGUCAAAACAAUAUUUCAAGCGUAAGUUUGAUGAGACACAGGAAAGAACUACCAAUGGUGGAAAGAAGCAUUUUAAGAAGUUGAAGCAAAAGAGAAAGUGGACCAAGUAAAUAUAUAUUUAUGUAUAAUAAUAAUAAUAAGUACAUUAAAGUAACUUAAAUUGAACUCACCUCUUCUUCCUUGAACAAUACCAUUCUACAUAAUUUUUUUCAUUACUCUUCUUUUUAUCCCUUUACCUUCCAUGUUGUACAAUAAAACACAUAUAUGAAAUAC